AUGAAUACAAGCCAUCUGGGUAUUUCCCUUCUCCUACUGCUCUGUCUCCUUUCUUCCACUCUCCAAGUUCACUCCCAGUCCAGCCCAGAUGCAUUAUCCAUGAAAGCACUGAAAGCUAGCCUAGGAAACCCGGAAAACCUGGGAUGGUUCGACCCAGACCCGUGUAAAUGGAAAUACAUUACGUGCUGGAAUAGCCGGGUUACCAAGAUCCAAAUCAGCUCCCAUAAUCUGACAGGAAGCCUUCCUGUAGAUCUAAAGAACCUCUCUUCGUUGAUCGUGCUGGAGGUGGCUUAUAACCAACUGAAAGGGCCGAUCCCGAGUCUUGCCGGGCUAACUUCUCUUCUAAUAGUGCACUUGAACAACAAUCUUUUCUCAUACAUACACUCCGAUUUCUUUACAGGUUUAACCUCUUUACGAUCUAUAAGUUUGGAUUAUAAUCCAUACAUUUCUUCUUGGGAGAUACCUGAAAGUAUAAAAGAUGCCACGGCUUUGCAGAUUUUUACUGCAGAUGUGGCUAAUAUCUGGGGUACUAUUCCGGACUUCUUUGGGAGAGAUACAUUUCCUGUUUUAAAGGUUUUGCGUUUGGCCAUGAACAAUCUAGAGGGAUCAAUUCCAUCUAGUUUUGCUAAAUCUUCAAUUGAAACUCUUGUGUUGAGUGAUCAAAACAGUAUCUCGAAGCUCAACGGAUCAGUUGCAGUGUUACAAAACAUGACUUCUUUAACACUAGUUUCGCUUUAUGCCAAUAAUUUUACAGGUCCUUUGCCAGAUUUUUCCAGGCUAAAUAGUUUGGAAUAUUUGGACUUGAAAGGUAAUCAGUUAACAGGUAUUGUUCCUUUCUCUCUGGUUAACCUUCCUAAGCUUUCUACUGUUUAUUUGAGUAAUAAUUUUCUUCAAGGUCCGACUCCGGAGUUCGAUAAGUCUAAAGUUGAUUCGGAUAUAGGAGAUGGGUUUAACAGUUUUUGCUUAGAUGAUCCAGGUGUUGCUUGUGAUAGUCGGGUUAAUGUUUUGUUAUCAAUUGUGGGGUCUAUGGAUUAUCCAGUGGUGUUUGCACAGAGCUGGGUAGCAAGACCUUGCAGUAACUCUCAACAGUGGAAGGGAAUCGCAUGUGACGGUAACAACAUUACGACUGUUAAUUUCCAUAAUUUGGGAUUGUCAGGUACAAUUUCUUCGAAUUUUUCUAUGCUUAAAUCGUUGAAAACAACGAUUCUUUCGGAAAAUUCACUUUCCGGUACUAUACCUAAUGAGCUAAUUAUUUUUAUGUCUACGCUAACAACUCUGCCUAAUCUUCUAAGGUUAGAUGUAUCAAACAACCAUCUUUAUGGUAAAGUGCCAAAUUUUAGACCAUCUGUAAGUGUUGAAACUACUGGGAACCCUGAUGUGCAAAAUUACACAAAAGUCAGUCCUGCGGAAGCACCUCAUUUGAGUUUACCUAGGAUACCUCCUAGCACUGAUGACUUUGACAGAAAUUCAAAUGCUAGUUACAAUUUGGGUUACGUAAUUGUUGCUGUUUGUGGUCUGAUUAUUAUUAUUGGAUUAGGCGUGUUCAUGUAUGUCAGAAAAGGAAAGCAUUCCAGGUACUGGAAACUUUUGAGAUUUGCAACUAAUAAUUUCAGUGACAGAAAGAUAUUGGGAAGAGGUGGUUUGGGUACUGUUUACGAAGGUGAACUGCCUGAUGGAUCGAAAAUUGCAGUAAAAAAGGCUGGAGCCGUAAAUGAACAGGGAUUGAAAGAGUUUAAGUCUGAGAUUGAAGUUCUUACCAAGGUUCGCCAUUGUCAUUUGGUGGCACUUCUUGGUUAUUGCCUUGAAGGAAAUGAGGGGCUCCUUCUUUAUGAAUACAUGUCCCAGGGGAGCCUGAGCAGGCAUCUGUUCAAUUGGAAAGAGGAAGGGCUGAAACCACUUGAAUGGAGUCAAAGGCUGAGAAUCGCCCUGUAUGUUGCUAGAGGUCUUGAAUAUCUACAUGGUUUAGCAAAUCAAAGUUUUAUACAUAGAGAUCUUAAACCAUCCAACAUUCUUCUUGGAGAUGACAUGCACGCUAAGAUUGCAGAUUUUGGAUUGGCUCGCCUCGUUCCACAUAAAGGAAAACAUUCAAUUGAAACCAGACUAGUCGGAACUUUGGGUUAUAUUGCUCCAGAGUGUAUAGUGACUGGACGUGUUACUACGAAGGUUGAUGUGUUUAGCUUCAGAGUAAUCUUAAUGGAGUUAAUUACAGGUAAGAAAGCCAUUGAUGCAACUCUUCCUGAGGAUAUGGUGCACCUUAUCCCAUGGUUUCGCAGAAUGCAUACUAACAAGGAUACAUUUCGUACGGCCAUUUAUGAAACAUUUGGGGUAGACGAGGAAACUCUUGCAGGUGUGAGCAAAGCGGCAGAGCUAGCUGACCACUGCUGCACCGGAGAACCUUCCCAAAGGCCUGACAUGAAUCAUGUAGUGAAUGUACUCUCAUCUCUAGUUGAGGUGUGGAGGCCUGUAGAACUAGUUUAUGAUGAUAUAUAUGGAAUUAACCUUAACAGUGAUGAACCCUAA